UGUCAGACUCAGUGCCAUGUCAGCAGUGACGUCAGACACAGUGCCACGUCAGCAGUGCCACAGCAGCAGUGCCACGUCAGCAACAUGACGGGCCUGCCAGGGCAACUGCCCAACGAGUCCCUUGCCGCCUACAAGCAGCGGUUCCACACUCAGAUUGAGGCUGAGGAACAACGCCAGCUGGCAGCCGAGGUUGCCCGCGUACAGGCUGAAGAGGCAGCAGCAGCAGAGCAGCUGCGACUACAGGCUGACGCAGAUGCAGAUGCCCAGGCUCGCCGCAAGGAAGCCCAGGAUCUGCUGCAGCGGCAUGAAGCCAACAGCAUCGACAGACUCAAGUUCUGGCACUUUGAACCGAACGGCGACGAGGCAACACCGGAAGAGAAGCACAAGGAGUUUCUCUCCAAACUCGUGACGCAGUUGUUGUAUGCUUGCAACUACCAACGGUCAGAAUUGGAGAGACAGUACCAGGACCUGACGCAACAGCAUCAGGAGUUGGCAAAGCUCCGCCGCAUAGUGCAGAGCCACGAGGAUGCAACUCGGGCACUCAAUGCCCGAUUGCUGGACCUGGAACAGGCUCCGCCACUGGAGGACCGCGUUGACCACGUAGUGGCAAUGCUCGGGGACAUCAGCACUUUCGCUGCGCCGACCAGCACCAUCAGCAGUCAGCUGCAUAUAUUGGAGACCGAGGUCCAGCAACUGCAGUCGACGAACGCGGACGAGAAUCCGAAGAUGUACAAGAUGCCAACUUUCAACCUGGAGAGGUUUGACGACUACACGCAGCAGGAUCCGGUCCUCUGGUGGGAAGCAUUCACAACGCAACUCAGGAUUCUGCCCGUAGCCAAGCAUGCGUGCAUCGACGCCCUGUUCCUGAACUCAAAGGGCGGAUGCCAGACCUGGUUGAGCCACCUGGCAACCUCCCACGGCGUCGACAUACCAAACUUGAAGGACAAAAUCACAUGGGAGGAACUGACACGGCUGUGGAAGAAGCGGUUCAUCGUCGACAACGUGCCGGCACUCGCCAUCAACCGUUUGUUCACCAUGUCACAGGGUAACACUGCAACACGGGAUUGGCUCACAGAGUGGCAGAAGAUUGCGGCAGUGCCCAAUCUGGAUCUGCCUUUCACUCAUCUCAGACGUGAGUUCUACAACAGGUCCUGUGAUGCAUUGAGCCAGGCCCUUGGUGAUCGCGAGCAGUACUCCACUUUCGCCGAGAUUAUCGACAAGGCGAGAGAGAUCAUCAAGACCAACAGCAUCAAGGGACGGAGAUUAGGUGGUUGCUGUCCAGCCGCGAAGCAACAACAAGUCCCGCAACAAUGGGAAGGCGAAAUCCGCAUCGCAGGUCGGAAAUGGACAGCCAGUACAAGUUUCAUGGGUCAAGUUUGGCUUGACCGAGGCGGAGUACAAGGUCCGCGGCCGCUAUGGCAGCUGCUAUUGGUGCAACAACACCAAGCACAAGACCUCCUUGUGCCAAGAUCAGGGCAAGGAGGAUGUGCGACCCCGCCCCAGCUCGGGAAACUGAGCUCCGCGGAAGGUGAGGCGACUCCACCUUCUACUCCGCCAGAUUCGGCCGCCUUGCUAGCGGCCUCCUGCACAUCUGGGGAGAACGCGAAUGUCGCAAGUUCUCRUUACACUUACGAGGACUAUGCUGUCCACUUGGUUCCACCGCUGGACCAACCGCUCCACGUGCAACAAUCCAUCGCAUGCACGGUUUCAUCACCAUCGACAACCAAUUCGGCAGCUUCGCCGCAAUCUAUCGCCAGGGAUUCGACGUCAUGGUCAAGACUUGAAGAGCUCGACCCAUUGAUGUUCACGGACUUCCAGUGGAUGCCCGUUCCCUCGACCGGACGAUUGUCGAAACUGCAUUGCAACGUGCUCUUGGCACAAUUGCGGGAUUACUUGCACACUGCAGUACCAGCUCCAUUGAUGGACGCCGGAGCAGAGGUUGUCGGCCUUCACGCUUACAUCGCGAAGAUCGACCGCGAGUUCAAGACGCAACGGUACGACGACAUCGACGCACCAUUGCUAUACGUACGCAUUCAGAUCGGAGAGGCGACCUGCAGUGCCUUGAUCGAUUGCGGAGCAUCUCGCAACUACAUCAGCCAGGACUUUAUGGUACGCGCCGGCCUUGGCCCACGUGUCCGGAGGAAGUCCCAACCUACGCAAGUCACGUUGGCAGACGGUCAUACGCACAAGUCAAUCGACCGGUGCAUUGACGCCGUCCCCGUGUACUUUGCCCCUCACGCAAGUGAGGCGGUGUCCUUUGAUAUUCUGGACACCAAAUUUGACAUGAUCUUGGGCAUGUCAUGGCUGCGAAGCGAGGAUCACCCGGUGAACUUCUUCAAACGCACCGUUCACAUUCGUGAUCGGAACGAAGUAUUAGUUUCAUGCACGGUGCCCCUUCCUCAUCCUUCGAUCAUCAUCAGAGACGACAUCGAGGAGAUGGGGUUGUGUUUUCUCCACGACCUCCCGCCCCAUGACGCUUCAUCGACGAACUCACCUUCGGAUCCACGCAUCACCGAGCUUCUUGACGCCUACAGCGACGUGUUCGAAGGCCCGCACGAGUAAUACCGGAUCGACCCAUCCGCCACGAGAUCAUCCUCGAGGACGGGGUCGUACCUCCGCGCGGUUGCAUCUAUCGA